UGCCAACCUGCAUGUAGUCGAUAAACAAAACACCGGUCAGCUGGACUCCGUACAAUUGGCGAAAUGUUUAAAAUUAUCAACAUUGCUGCAAAUUCACAUUAAUUACGCAACGAACCCCCUCGCCAACAUACCACUGCCUAAUUAGUUUUCCCGCCGGUGGCGUGUGUACACACUGGCCACCAAAUGCAGCGCCUGACGAAAUCGUUACGUUCACUUCCAUUUCCCGCGGGAAAGAUCCUGCGAACCCCAUUGGGGGUCAGGAGGGAGUACUCCUCGGAAACACCGGAGCCAGUUGAACUGAACUUCGAUUCGUACACCGGCGAGAAUCCAGAGACGAGGCCACCACUGCUCACAUAUCAUGGGCUCUUUGGUUCCAAGCAGAAUUGGCGAGGAAUCAGCAAGGCUCUGGUGCGGAAAGUUUCCCGAAAGGUGUACGCCAUCGAUGUGAGGAACCAUGGCGAGAGUCCCCAUUCGAGUGUCCACAAUUCCAAGGCGAUGAGCGAGGAUUUGCGAUUGUUUAUGGAGCAGCGCAGCCAUCCGAAUGCCGCCUGCAUGGGCCACAGCAUGGGCGGCAGGUCCAUGAUGUACUUUGCCAGAAAAUACCCCGAGUUGGUGGAGCGUUUGAUAGUGGUGGACAUAUCGCCCAUAAGCGUGCCCCGUUCCACCGGCGAGAUGACGGAAAUCUUCGACGCGAUGGUCUCCCUGGAUCUUUCGCCGAGCAUGUCCAUGUCUGAGGGCAGGAAAAUCGCACGGGAAAAGCUGCUCAAAGCCACCGAAGACGAGACCGUCGACUUUAUCAUGCUGAAUCUCCGAAAAGAUCGUGAUUCCGGGGCAUUCUCUUGGGCUUGCAAUGCACUGGUUCUUCGUGAUUUCCUCACCCGCUUCGACAAAUACCAGAGUAAUUUGGAGGAGCUGCCGCCGUACACGGGACCCACUACGUUCAUCUGCGGCUCGCGAUCACCUUACAUGAGACGCGAGCAAUGGCCACAGAUUCAGAAAAUGUUUCCCAAUUCGGAGAUCCACUGGCUGGAAGCCGGACAUCUAGUGCACUUUGAAAAGCCGCAGGAGUUUCUAACAAUAGUCAGCGAGUUCCUGAACAGAACUGUUUAGACCAAAUUUGAUAUUUUAGCCAAUUGUACAAAGAAGUCAAUAGUAGAUCGACUUUAGCUAAAUUGAAA